AUGAGUUGGAGCUUCCUGACUCGCCUGCUAGAGGAGAUCCACAACCACUCCACCUUUGUAGGGAAGAUCUGGCUCACGGUGCUCAUUGUCUUCCGCAUAGUGCUCACAGCUGUGGGCGGGGAGUCCAUCUACUACGACGAGCAAAGCAAGUUUGUGUGCAACACGGAGCAGCCGGGCUGCGAGAAUGUCUGCUAUGACGCCUUUGCCCCCCUCUCCCAUGUGCGCUUCUGGGUGUUCCAGAUCAUCCUGGUGGCCACACCCUCGGUGAUGUACCUGGGCUAUGCCAUUCACAAGAUUGCCAAAAUGGAGCACGGUGAAGCAGACAAGAAGGCAGCCCGGAGCAAGCCCUACGCGAUGCGCUGGAAGCAGCACCGGGCUCUGGAAGAAACAGAAGAGGACCAUGAAGAGGACCCCAUGAUGUAUCCAGAAAUGGAGCUGGAAAGUGAAAAAGAAAAUAAAGAGCAGACCCAACCUAAACCCAAGCAUGACGGCCGCCGACGGAUCCGGGAGGACGGGCUCAUGAAAAUCUACGUGCUGCAGUUGCUGGCAAGGACCGUGUUUGAGGUGGGCUUUCUGGUCGGACAGUACUUUCUGUAUGGCUUCCAGGUCCACCCGUUUUAUGUGUGCAGCAGGCUUCCCUGCCCCCAUAAGAUAGACUGCUUCAUUUCCAGACCCACGGAAAAGACCAUCUUCCUUCUGAUAAUGUAUGGUGUUACAGGCCUCUGCCUGUUGCUCAACAUUUGGGAGAUGCUUCAUUUAGGGUUUGGGACCAUUCGAGACUCACUAAACAGUAAAAGGAGGGAGCUUGAGGAUCCGGGUGCUUACAAUUAUCCUUUCACUUGGAAUACACCAUCCGCUCCCCCUGGCUAUAACAUUGCCGUCAAACCAGAUCAGAUCCAGUACACCGAGCUGUCCAACGCUAAGAUCGCCUACAAGCAAAACAAGGCCAACAUCGCCCAGGAGCAGCAGUACGGCAGCCACGAGGAGCACCUCCCUGCCGACUUGGAGACCCUGCAGCGGGAGAUCAGGAUGGCGCAGGAGCGCUUGGAUCUAGCGAUCCAGGCCUACAGCCACCAGAACAACCCCCAUGGUCCCCGGGAAAAGAGGGCCAAAGUGGGGUCCAAAGCUGGGUCCAACAAAAGCAGUGCUAGUAGCAAAUCAGGGGAUGGGAAGACCUCCGUCUGGAUUUAA